UAUUCUAGUAGAGAUGUUGUAUCCUAAUAGUUAACAACCUGCCUGCUUUCCUGCCUGCCUGGGUUCUUGUCUGUCGGUUGUUCGUUUGAUAUACAGUACAGACCUGAUUUAUUAUUUAAUGACUAAAUUUAUUUAUAUAAUUAUUACUUAGAAGAUUAGAUCUUCUAAUCAACUAUAUUUGUGCACUCUGUGGUAAAAUCUCUGUUGUACUAUUAACAAUAAUUUUUCUAAACAGGUGCAUUUAUUCUGAGUGAGGUAGUUGUCACCAAAUACUUUGGAAGAAAAAGAAGCACACUUCGCAGGAACGUCUUGUUUUUCAUGGGUAUGUUCAACUUCAUCAUGUGGAGACACAGCAUUGGCGACGCAGUUUGUCGUUCCGACAUCGAUAACGCAGCCAUUAUUGGUUAUCAGGUUUGGGAAUUCUUCGAUCCCAUAUUCGGAUCAGCAAUUGCAUUUUUUAGGAUCUUGUCAGGUUGUUUAUAUAUUUCUCUUGCUGUCCCUUCAAACGAUCCUCCAGAAGGUCACAAUGCUGGACGACCCUGCAUUCGUUGUCCUAGUAUAAAUGGAAGCAGUGCCAUCGAUGGAAAAAACAUCGUUGGUAUAACUGAGUUUAUGAUGAGUACUCAAAAAGUCCGGAAGCAAACUUUAACAAUUAUCAAUGAGCCUGGAUCGACAAACUAUUAUUACUCUGCACAAAAUGACCGUUUUCACCGCAACAUUAUUCGAAGCUAUUAUGGGUCGGUUUUCGUCAUUCUGGUAGUUGUCGUUCCUUUUGUUGUUUACGACGCACUCGCUCGUCAUGUCGGAAAGAAACAGAAUGUUGGACGGAGAUAUGCCGUAGAGAUUGCCGUAAAUAUUUUACUGAUUGUUUUGAACGGAUGGUAUAUUGUUUCGCGUGGAGGCAGUCCAAAUGCCGAGUGCAUAAAAGGAUUAUUUUGUUGGAUACCGACAGUAAGAAGAAGAAGAAAAAAUCCAGACGGAAGGAAGUCGAAUACUGAAAAACGCGCUGAAUGUGUGAAAUCAGACUGUAACAGUUUGCAAAACUGUGGCGUCUGCCAAUGCUGCAAACUUCAUUGCAAAGGAGUUCAACGAUUAUUGCACGUGGUGCUCCACACGAACGUAGAAUCACCAAUCUUCUUCAUUUUCACUGUUUCGGCUAUUGUCUUCUAUAUAGCAUUGGCUAUAGUAGCUACAGUUGAACAGGAACUAGCUCGCGCAACAGACAUUAUUGCCAUUUUUGCAGUCUUUUUCCAGUCUGUAUUUGUCUUCUGGACAACUCUCGUUCACAAUCCUUUGAAGUUAUUACGACGAGGACACCGCUGUCAUAGUAUUAAUUCCUUCUUGUUAUCUCUACUAUUCGCCAGUGCUGUGGGAGCACUAGCCGUUGACAUAGAGAGAGAGCAUCUAGAUCCCACUGUUCACGAAAACUGGUAUCUUAGGGCGCUGGCACCUCUGCUGGUUGACUUCCGAGUUCACGCUGCUAUUCUAGCGUACAGUGUGCGGUCAGAAUUUUGUCAGCAACGAUUUACGAAAGGUGAAAUUGAAGAUAAGGGAAUAUUUAGGCGAGUAGACGAAGAGUCAAUGGGAGAAGGAUGUGUCAGGCCGGGAUGCAAAGCGGUCUACUCUAAAGAGAGCAGCGUCGUGUUCUGGAGAUGCAUAACUGAAGACGACACGUAUGCGUGUAAUUCCAAGUUUUAUUGCAACGAUUGCUUUGAAAAUUUGAUCGUAAAAGUCGGAUUUUGUCUCAUUUGUGCUGACGCGGUAACGUGUGAGCCACAAGACGACAAAAAGCCUUUGCUGGAAGACAAGAAAUAACUAACACGUUUAAUAGCUGAAACAAUUAACUCAUACAUAUGCAUACCAUGGCGCUGCUUUGCUAGUUUGACUUUGAAUUGCCUUCUAGACUUAGUAUCAUGCGUAUGCAUUACUUAGCAGUGUGGAUUGCAGUCCCGGAUGCGCUGCCAUCACCACAUGUACACGCCCCGAAUCUACUGCUUGAAACUGGAUGCGAUAAACCGUAAGCACAGUACGGCGCAAUUUUUUUAAUAAAA